AUGGGAGCACUUCCAUUCCAAACCUUGCCUCACUUCCCUUGCACUUCCAAAUUUACAAGCUGUGCAAGAUCAAAGGAGGCUAUCCCCAUGGACUUGCAUUGCAAAUUUACUUCGCUACAAAUACAAAGAUUGUCAAGGAGGAUGUUGCUGAAGUUUAGUGGAUUCAAUGCUCUCCUGUUAUCCGUCAGUCCUGUUUUUGCUGCACCGAUGCCAGAGAUGAAGGAACCUGAAGUUAUUCGGUAA